GAUGGAACAGAAUACGUUUGAUCUCCAAACACCUAACAUAACAUAAAACAGAACAGAAGAGCGAGUGACAAGAGUGAGAGCGAAAAUGGAACGAAAGAACAUGGAACGAAAGAACAAGAGUGGAAAAGAAGAGAACAAGGAGAACACAAACCAAACCUGAAGAGCGAGUGGCAAGAAUGGCCGACCUCCUGCCUGAGUUCGAGCAACAGUUUGCCACGAUUACAGCUGACAUAACGUCCAAAAUCUGCCACAUUUCGUCCAGGGAAGGAGCUGAGAAGAGAACUCUAAUACAUGAUGUGGAGAAACUGGUUGAAGAAGCAAAAGAGGUGCUGGAGAGGAUGGAACUGGAGGUGCGAGACCUUGAGCCACAGCAGAGAGAGAGAUCUGGGGGCCGUAUUAAGAGCUACCAAGUCGAACUGAAACGCUUGGAAGGGGAGUUUGUACGUUCUAGGUCAUCCUCAAAUGAAGCUAGCAUGAGAUCAGAGCUCCUGGAGAGUGGGCAUGCAGGCCUUAGCACAGGAGAGGAACAGCGGCAGGCUCUUUUGGACAACGGAGAUGUCUUAGAACGCACGUCUAUGAAUCUAACGCAGGGUCACAAAAUAGCUCUGGAAACUGAACAUAUUGGAGCACAAAUUCUUAAUGACCUUCACAGCCAAAGACAAACCAUUAGUCGUGCUAGAGAGCGGCUGCGAGAAACGGAUACUGACCUGGACCAGAGUUCCCGCGUGCUCAAUACAAUGCUACGGAGAGUGUUACAGAACAGAUUCAUCCUUAUUGCUGUAUUUGUUGUCCUCUUUAUUGUUAUAGUCAUUGCUAUAUAUGUAUCUUUUACUAGAGACUGAUAGCUCCUUGUUUAUUAUCAAAGAUGUUCCCACUAUAAUUUUAUGUAAACUCAUAUUGUAUUUUUCAAAAAUAUAUAUUAUACUCUUAAAAGUUAAUUUAUUACAAUCUUUUAAUGACAUGGUCACUAGAACGAAUUAUGGAAAUGGUGCAUUUAUAUUACAGAUCAUUAGAUGUUUAAGAGUGUCAAUAAAUAGUUAAUUUAU